AUGAAAGGCUUUCUUCCCUUUACAGUCCUUGCAGUCCUCUUACUGGUGCACAGCUCUCAGGCAGUCUACGUUCAGGAUGGAGACUUGAAGUUCUCUCUUGAGUCUGUGAAGAAGCUGAAGGACCUUAUGGAUGAGAACAGACACAUUAACCCUCGCUUUGUGCUUUCAAUGGCUAGCUACUCUCCAUGUGAUGAAAAAGAUCUUCCUGAGGAAUUCCAAUCUGUGUGCAAAAGAGAAGAUGCAUCUGUGAUUUUUGAGAGGCUGAACCUGGCUGUCCAAGAUCCUGACUUAUGUGAAAUCUGCGCCAAUGCUGCCUGCGCUGGUUGCUUUUGAACAAAGAUAAAACAAUUCAAAGAACAUGUGCCAAGCUUGGAAGUUUGUGCAUUCCUAUUGCAAGAUCAUGUACUUACACAAAUCAAUAUUUGGUCUCCAUCUCCACUACAGUCAAACUGGAGCUACUAGCUCACCUACACAUACC